CUCUCCAUCCGCCCCCUCUUCCGCUUUCUGCCCAAAACCCUCGCUUCAUUCCAUCCCACUCCCGGUUUCACCCAAAGCCAUCGAACUUGGUGAACGAACCUUCCUGUUACAAUUGCCAUCAUAGGCAACGACGGGAUCGCGACUUACAGAGACCACUGAAACUCCCGUCUUUCUCAUCCUUCCGCUCUGUCCCUACCAGAAAUCAUUGAGGAAGGAUUUGUAGCCAAUCGGUGUCAUUUUGGUAUUUCCUGGAGCUCAGGAUUUACAGAGACGUUCUUUGCCGUUUAGCAGGAUUUGGCUUAAAUCCCGCAUAAAUCUUUAAGUAUUGUGAAAGCGUCGAUUUGGCUGGUUGCUGAAGAUGGAUACCCCUCUCGCAGCUGUUGUCCACAAGGAAAAUGUACACAUUGGUGGAGGAAAAGCUACUGUGACGAAACCUGAUAAACUAAAAACUGUUAAGGCUGCUGGUAAAGUGCGCAAGGCUUUGGAAGAUCUUAGAAGUACUCAUUUACCUGUGAUAGGGGCUUCAAAAGAUGUUGAUUUGAAGCAGAAAUCUACUAUGAAAGGCAAUGAAGUAAAAAAGAAUCAAAUGACUAAGAAACACCCUGUUACUGGGCAAAUGAAAGGUGCUAAUCUGAAUAGUAAGUCAGUGUUGCAGGAAAACUUUGGGAAAGGGAAUAAACCCUUCGAACAUAUAUUGACUGAUGAAGAAAUAAAUAAGUGUUAUGAAUGGGCUAAGGAUGGAAUAGAGGGAAUGGGAGGUUAUUCUUGGUCUGCGAAAGAUGAGACAAAUUUUGUUAUGAAACAAACUUUGUCAGAGAUAAUGGCAUCAGCCAUUGGAGUACCAGUCUCAGAGUUGGAACAAUCAUUUACGAGUGAAGAAGAAGGCUAUGAGACAGAUGAGUCGGAUUUUAAAAUAUCCGACCCAGGGCGCCUUUCAUCAGUUUAUGCACCAGAAGAACUAGAUGAUCCUCUUGGUGUAGCUGGAUUAUGGCUGGAAGAUUACUACCCAUUACCAGAAUUAAAGUUGAAUGAUGAUUAGGAGAAAUUUAGUAUUGGUAGUGACGACAGAAAUGAUGGUUGAGACAAAGAAGCUUACGACUUUUGCUCUAGUGGGUGCAAAUUCAGCUUUGAUAAUAAAAGAGAACUAUAAUGCUCAACUUUGAUGAACGCAGGAUGGACCUUUGACCCUCAACUUCGACAAACAAAGAGGGAAGUGCUGAUGUUCGGCUUUGAUGAAUAUUAGAUGCACCUUCAAUGCUCAAUUUUGACAAUGAUCAGAGGGAGCUUUGACAUGAUAAGAGAGGAGACGACUUUGACCAUAAAGUAUAAUUAGGGCUAUGCAUAUAUUUAUAAUUUUAUAUUUUUUGUGUUUGUUCUUUCCUAAUGCGAUGUCAAGGGUUGUCCGGAAUGUGUUUCAGCCCAAAAAAAUUUAGACUCAUAUUUAAUAAUACCAGAGCAUGUCGAAUAAAUAUCGCUGUUUGAUACAUAUUUGACAUAAUGCAAUAUAAUUUUUGAAGUGUCA